GGGUUUGAUUAGACAAGACGUUUAUGAACAUCGUACGUGGUUGACGAUAUGCCGGUUGCGGUGAGAUUCGUGUAAACGAACAGUUGGUACUUACCUGCAUGCACACUUUAAUGGCGCGAGAGCAUAACCGGAUUGCUAAAGCAUUGGCCGUCAUAAAUCCGCACUGGGACGAUGAGAUUCUCUUUCAGGAAGCUAGGCGCAUCGUCAUCGCGGAAAUCCAACACAUCACUUAUAACGAGUUCCUCCCCAUAUUACUCGGCAAAGAUGUCAUGGAGAAAUUCGGACUUCUCCUCGAGAAGGAAAAAUACUGGGAUGGAUACGAUCAAAGCAUAAAUCCAGGCGUAAUAGACGCUUUCGCUGCUGCUGCCUUUAGAUUCGGUCACUCACUAUUGCCCACGGCUGUAGAACGAUGGAGUAAAGCUCAUAAAUUUAUUGCUUCAAAGAGACUCUCAGAUUUGAUAAGACGCCCUUAUGACUUGUACCGGGCUGGUGUAUUCGAUGAAUAUUUAAUGGGCUUGAUGAACCAAGUUGCUCAAGCUAUGGAUGAUUCUAUAACGCAAGAAGUGACAAAUCAUCUCUUCAAAAAAGUUGGAGCAAAAUUCGGACUGGAUUUGGUAUCCUUUAACAUGCAACGCGGCCGCGAGUUUGGUAUUCCAAGUUAUAUGGAGUUUAGGUGA